AUGAUUUACUGUGAAAUUGUUAUUGGACCACCGGGAAGUGGAAAGUCAACAUACGUACAAAAAAAGGCAGAAGACAUAAAACACAGAAAUCCGUAUCUCAUUAAUCUUGAUCCUGGAAAUAUUUAUACUGGUCUAUACGAUUAUAAUGUCUCUUGUACUGUUAAAGACUACCAAAUUAAAAAUAAAAUGGGUCCUAAUGGUGCUACUAAAAAUAUUUUAAAAGACUUUGUUAAUAACAUUGAAGAUUUUUACUAUAAUUUUCUAGAAAAUAGAGAAAAUUAUCUUAUAAUUGAUCUUCCUGGGCAAGUUGAAUUUUUUAUAACGGGUGAUAGCCUUACAAGACUCAUUCAUUUUUUAACAAAAAAAGAUAUUAAUGUUGUUAUUGUUAAUCUUAUAGAUCUUGUAUUCUUCAAUACAUCCCUUUUAUCAUCCUAUCUUUUUACUUAUAUUUCUAUAUUUAGAAUGGAAGUCCCUUUUAUUUGUGUAAUAAGUAAAUGUGAUAAAUACAAUAUGUAUGAUAUGGAAUAUUCUUUAGAAGACAUUGCAUCUCUAAAAGUUUUAGAUUUACUUAAAACUAACGAAAAAUAUGAAAAAAUGGUUUCCUCUUUUUUGAGUGAUUAUUUUGUGUAUAAUUUUCAUGUACUAAAUUACAAGGAUAAAAAUACUACGAAAUUGCUGCAGUUAAAUAUUGACAAGAGUAGUGGAUAUUUUUUUAGUGAAGAAUUUGAAGAAAGAGAGAAUUACUUUAAAGAUCUAAAUCCAGAGAACAUAUUUGAAUUAUACAAUAAAUAG